AUGGGCAAAUUUGGUUAUGGUACUAAGAAUGAUGGUGGGGAAGAACUCGUGACAUUCGCGAUGAGGCAUAAUUUGUGGAUCGUUAACACGUUCUAUAAGAAAGCCACUAGGCACAAGAUCACCUACCAAAGUGGAAGCACUCAGUCACAAAUAGAUUACAUCCUCUGCCGCUCAUAUGACAAGAAUACGAAAGACUGUAAAGUAAUUCUUGGGGAAACCAUCACAAACCAACACCGACCAGUCAUUUGCACACUUAAAGUUGUGAAGUCAAAACCCCAGACGAAGUCAAGAACCCAGAAAAUCAAGUGGUGGAAGCUAAAGAAGCGCAGAGCAGAGAUGAUUUUACAGAUAAGGUUAAGAGACCCUAGAAAGACGUAG